UCCCUUAAAUCAUACAUAAGGAAGCUUCAUUUGGGUCUAUGCUCUUAGGAAGAAGAAGAAGAAAGAAGAAGAAGAAAGAAAAGAAAAGAAAAGAAAGACCCAACUUCAAAAAAACAUAUAAAAGUGGUCAUAUCAUUUAUAAGGUUGUUUCUACUUUCUAUCAUAUUUUUGAGAAUCAUGUUUCUUAAGUACAAGCUUAGCUUCAUCUUCAUCCUCCUCCUCUCAACCUCUUUUUUAUCCACCAUCUGCAUUGCAGGUCGACCAUCAAAGUUGGUUCCUGAGGUUGUUGCUAAGGGUGGAGUUGUGCAUGAGGAUGGAAAGAGGAAGACAAGAGGUGAAAUGGAAGAGAUCAUCCAUGAAAGACUCUUGAGGGUAAACACCAAAGACUAUGGAAGAUAUGAUCCAUCCCCAGCCUUUGUUAAGCCUCCUUUCAAGCUCAUCCCCAACUAAUAAGGGCACAAAAACAAAUAUCAUCACCAACGUGGGUAGUAACCUUAUAAACAUAUAUAAAUAAUAUGAAAAAGUAAUAUCAUGUGUUUCAUAUAGUGUAAGUAUAAUAUAUAUGUAUUAAUCAUAUAUAUAAUAUAUAGUGUAUAAUAUAUAUGGUCAUAGACUCACAUAUAUAUGAAUAUAAAGCCUUUGUGAUGUUUUGCUUCAGUUACUAAGUACUAUAUAUAUAUUGUUAUAUAUUGUGUAUUUUGGAAUAUAGGUUGCUUUAUAUGAUUAAUUA